AUGCUACCACCUAUCGAGCUUUGGACGGGUUCUGGAACCCGCCGUAACAUAACUUCGGUUCCAACUGCGUGCCUUGUUUGCCGCAGAAGGCACCUCAAAUGCGAUGGACAAUGUCCCUGUUCUCGCUGCAUAACAGCUAACUUAGACUGCGCUUAUGUCGCUUCCCGUCGCGGAUACAAUGGCCGUAAACGCAUGUCUCGCGCAGCAGCGGAGAAGCCUUUCCUCAUCGCUGCCUCCACAGCAAUCACGAUAGAUUCUGCUCCUCCGGUAGCAGGACUGGAGUUUACUUCACACCUUGAUCCGUUUAUGUUCUCCGGUAUCCUUGACAGUCUUUCCGGCGUAAACACAACUCUCCCAGUUGGCACAUCUUGUCAAACUGCAGCUUCAACUACUUUGCCUGUCCUUUCCCUGCAGAAUCCGCUUGGUGGUAUCGACCAUCCGAAUCCAGGCUUUGGCUUUGAAGUACCCCGGGCACUUCCUCAGCGAGAACGUUACAUAGACGCAUUCUAUCAAAAAUUCUUCGCCGCUCAUCCUUUCAUACUGCCGAAGGAGCCUCUUCUAUCUUUAGCUCAGGGAACCUCCGUAGAGCCUCUGAUUACAGCUAUACGUUGGAUCGGUUCACUCUACAUCGACAAACACGCCUCUCAGAGCCUUUUAAAAGACGCAUUCCGCCUGAUAGAUGGUAAUCAUCUCAGGGAAGGCUUUCUAGUGCAGGCUAGGCUGCUUCUUAUCAUUGGACUAGAUGGCAUUCGUCAACGAAAAAAGGCCAAUAAACUCAUGUCAGAAGCCCGGGACAUCUCCGUACAAAUCGGCAUGAACACUAGUUCAUUUGCAACUACCCACGGGCAAGGAAUUCCAAUACUCGAGGAGAGCUGGCGGAGAACGUGGUGGGAGCUGUACGUUGUAGAUGCUCUUAUGUCGGGUGUGCAUUUAACAAACACCUUUGCUUUGUACGAAGUACCUACUGAUGUUGGUCCACCUUGCGAAGAAAAUCAGUAUCGCUCGGGACAAAUACCUCCCUGCAUGCACCUUAACGAUACAGAAAAUAUCGGGCUGUUCGAUGGUAAACCAUUUUCAUCGUACACCUAUCGAAUCCAAUGUGCUUGUAUCCUGGGUAGGCUCCAAAGAAUGCCGACAAAUGUCGACUAUAUCGAUAAGCUCCUCGCCAACUGGAUGCUUCGCCUACCAGCUUCAAAGUAUGCCGCUUUUUACGACGGCGCGCUUGAUGAAAUGAUGUUCCAGGCCAUCAUGAUGUGGCACGCCAUAUCUAUCCUCUUGCACCAGCCUCACUCGCAACUGGAUCCGUCCCCAACUUAUCACAUUAAAGCCUGCGCACCCAACACUCCAGCCAUGUCCAGCGACGAGUUCAACCCACAUACCAAACGCACGAUCCGGGCUGCGGAGGAGCUCAGCAAGCUGAUCACUCACCGUGUUACCCUCAUUUCACACACUCAUUUCUUUGCUUACAUGGUGACACUAUCAUCUACAAUCCACCUGAGCAAAUGGUCGCUGGCCUUUGUGGCCCCAGAUGAUGAGGAAAUCCGCCAACACAUGCGUCAAAGUAUCGGGGCUCUCAUAAAAUACGCUGAGAAGUGGCCGAUAGCGCAACACUUGGGAUGUCAGGUAAAGGAUAUUGCGAAGGAGGUCUACAUGAUGAAAAAGCGACAGUCUCAAGAGUAA